AUGCAAGACAUUCGCUAAAUGAGAUAAAAAUACGAAUCAAUAAAAUAAUCAAAUCCAAACACUCCUAAGAAAUGUCUCACUCCUACGAUAUCUGCAUAAUAUAUCAAAAAUAGUCCAGGAUUAUAGAUGACUCCUCCAUCAAAUCCAAGACUUAAAAAAAUAUGCAAUAAUUGUUUAAAUCAAUCACUUAUGAAAUAAAAAGAACAUAGAGUUUAAUAACAACGAUAAGAGGAUUAAGUAAAUAUAUUUUUAUAGAUUUAUUAGAAAUUGUUCUAAUAAGUCAAAUAAUCAAUAGAUUAAGAAAAUUAAUAUAGAGAUUAGUUGGCUGAUAAAAAUAGAAGAAAAUUCUUAACUUAUCAUAAAAUUAAUGGUGAUUUAAUUCAAUUACAUUAAUAAAGAGUUAAAACUGAAUAAUAAAAUGAAUAAGUAGAAGUAGCUAACUUUUUUAAAUAGUUAGAGAAAGAUGAUAAACUAAGAAAAAUAAAGUAAAUAGAAAAAAAAGAAUAAUUACAAUAAUAUUAUUUAAGAGAUCUUAAAAAUUAAAUUUAAUUUAAAGAAGAAGAAAAAAGUUAGUAGAAAUUAUAAAACAACAAAUCUGAUAUAAUAGAGUCUCAAUAUUGGACAUAAUUAGAGAAUGAAUAAAUACAUAAUCAAUAAAUUAAAGCCUAAUAAUAAAGAUAAAUGAUAAACUAUUGGUAAUAUACAUUAGGGGAAAAAUAAAAAUUGAAAUAAUAAUAAUAAGAAAUUAAUAAAAUAGAAUAAGAAUAACUUAAAUAUUUAUAAAAAAGUAAUGAUAAAAUGAUUUAAGCUACUGAAUUAGCAAAAAAGUAAUAGAUAGAAUAAUUCAAAUAAGAUAUUUAAUAUUAAGUUAAAAUUAAUGAAUAAAAAAGAAAAAAUGAGGAAAUCAAAAAAUAAUAGGAGUAUUAUAAUAUGAUUUAGUAAAAAUAAUAAGAAGAAUAAAUUGAAAAAUAAAAAUAAUUGGAUAAAUCAAUUGAAAAGUUAACUUUAAUAAAGGAUAUAGAGUAGUAGAUUAAUUUUAAAGUAAAUUAUUCUUGUUAUGUAGUAAAAAGUUUAGAAAGAUGAAAAGGAAAGAGAAUUGAGUGAAAAUGAAAAGAAAUUAUUGAUUUAGGAAACUCCUAUAAAAUUAGUCUGCUGUGAUGAAUGCAAACAUAAUUGUCCAUCAAAAGUUAUUACUAAUAUAUUAUAAUGA